AUGACAAUGGACAUCGUUGAACACUCCAGUCAGUCGCAGGUCGACGAGAAGGCCAUCGAAGAGUCGCCCCCGACCGACAAUACGGGAAGCAAGUUCAGUCAUGACGAGGUCUUUUCUUACAGGGAGGAGACGGGGGCACCCGUGGAUAAUCCGAUGACCUUCCACCGGUUUAUGGGGUUUACAGCGAUGGCCUUCUUGUGGACGGGUAGCCAGAUCCCCGUUUAUUUGUUCGGAGGAAUUCCACCGUAUAUUUAUGGCGACAUUGGUGGUGCGGAUAGAUGGGUUUGGUUUGUUUUGGCCAAUCUACUGGCUCUUGCGGGUGUUUGCCCGUUUGUCGGGUCUCUGUCUGACCUGAUCGGUCGUCGAUAUGUCGCUCUCAUCGGGGCCUCCCUUGUUUGCCUCGGCAUGAUAGUCAGCAGCACCGCACAUACGAUGAAUACAUUCAUCGCUGGGAUGGCAAUUGCCGGUGCGGGUGCUGGUGUCAAUGAACUGACAGCGUUGGCUGCGACAUCUGAGAUGGCGCCAACCCGCCAGCGAGGCAAAUAUGUGGCGGUGUUGAUCUUCACCAUCCUGCCCUUCUGUCCAUCUGUCCUAUGGGCCCAGCUUCUGGCAGCCCACAAAGGCUGGCGUUACGUUGGCGCGUUCGCUGGAGCCUGGAACGGCUUUGGCCUGCUGACCACCGCACUCUUCUACUUCCCACCACCACGAGUCAACUCGGAGGGACUAAGUAGAUCCGACAUAAUCAGCCGCAUUGACUUUGUUGGUGGCUUCCUCAGUAUCACUGGCCUGAUAGUCUUUCUAGCUGGCCUGCAAUGGGGCGGAUACCAAUACCAUUGGAGCUCUGCUCAUGUCCUGGCUCCCCUGAUCAUAGGCUUCUUCCUCUUGGUUGCCUUUGCUUUUUGGGAAAUAUACGGCGCCAAGUACCCCAUUUUCCCGAGUCGGCUAAAGCAGGAACCACGCACCCUGGGCCUGACGCUGGUCAUCACGUUCAUCUCAGGCGCAAACUUCUUCUCCGUCCUCAUGUUUUGGCCCACCCAAUCAUUCAACGUGUACGGACAUAAUCCGGUCGAUGUCGGCGUUCGAAGUCUCCCCAUCGGGUUCGGCAUCAUGGCGGGCGCAUGCAUCGUGCUCUGGCUACUGAGUGUCCUACGCGGACACAACAAGGAGCUCUUGAUCAUAAGCAGUAUUCUUAUGACAGCAGGCUGCGGCGCCCUCUCCGUCGCCCGACUCGACAACCUCUACCGACUCUGGGGAAUCCUCACUCUCGCUGGCCUCGGAAUCGGCGGCAUAGUCGUGCCCGCCUCCAUCAUGACCACCAUCAUCUGCCCAGAUGACCUAAUCGCCACCAUCUCCGCCCUCACCCUCUCCAUCCGCGUCGCCGGCGGCGGCAUCGGCUACACAAUCUACUACAACAUCUUCAUCUCGAAAUUCGUCCCGAAAGCCGAGCACUACAUCGGCGGCGUGAUGCUCACGGACCUCAACAUCACGAACCCGGCCUACAUCUCCGAGGCCAUCCAACUCACCGGCGCCUCCCUGCUCGACGACCUGAACCUCAUCCCAGGGAUCGCGGGCAAUCCGGCCGCGUAUGACGCCGUCGUCACCGCCGGGAGACUCGCCUUCGCCGAGAGCUAUAAGUAUGUCUAUUAUGCCAGUAUUGGAUUUGGGGGCGUGUCGAUCCUCGCGGCGUGCUUUUUGGGGAAUAUUAGGAAGUAUAUGGAUGAUCAUGUGGCUGUUGUUAUGCGGUAG